GGACCCCACCUGUCAGGUUUUGAGGCGCACAAGCACACCUUUGCCGGUCUGACCAUUUGAGUCAUUUCGUUGUCUGGUGGCACCCGGUGUGUUCCCUGCACGCCGUCCUGUUCUUCGGGGAGGGGAGAGGCAUUGUGCGUAGCGUCUCAGGAAUCACUAUGUGGCUACACCAUCAUCCUGAUGGCCGUGUUCUGGUGCACCGAGGCUCUCCCGCUGGCGAUCACCUCCCUUUUCCCCGUCAUCCUCUUCCCUCUCAUGGGCGUCAUGGACUCCACGGAGGUGUGCCAGGAGUACCUGAAGGACACUAAUAUGCUCUUUAUCGGAGGCCUGAUCGUCGCCAUUGCAGUGGAGCACUGGAACCUACACAAGCGCAUUGCUCUGAGUGUCCUCUUGGUCAUCGGCGUCCGGCCGGCUGCGCUCCUGGUGGGCUUCAUGGGGAUCACCGCCUUCCUCUCCAUGUGGAUCAGCAACACCGCCACCACCGCCAUGAUGGUGCCCAUUGCCCAGGCGGUCCUGGAUGAACUCCACCGGUCCGAGAUGGAGAGGCUCCGGGCUCCGUGGGGAAGCCUGGCCAAUGGGAGCCUCAACCCGGGCUUCGAAUUGCAGGAACCCAGGAGGCCCCAGGAAGCGUCUCCCUCCUGCGGCCCCCAAGCCCCUUCCCCAGGGAACGCCCCCCUGGAGACCCCGGAGAAGGAGGACACGGCCGAAGAGGAGCAGCGGCUGGAGCAAAAGCACCAGUCCUUCUGCAAGGGGAUGAGCCUGGCCGUCUGCUACUCCGCCAGCAUCGGGGGGAUCGCCACCCUGACAGGCACCACCCCCAACCUGGUGCUGAAGGGGCAGAUGGACCAGCUUUUCCCCGACAACGCCAACGUGAUCAACUUCGCCUCCUGGUUCGGCUUCGCUUUCCCCACCAUGGUGCUGCUUCUGGUCCUCUCCUCUCUCUGGCUUCAGAUCCUCUUCCUGGGCUUUGACUUCCGGAAAAACUUUGGCUGUGGCACCCAGGAGUCCGAGAAAGCGGGGUCCAGGCUGGCGUACGAGGUGAUCAAGCGCGAGCACCGAGCCCUGGGGUCCAUGAAGUUUUCCGAGAGCCUCGUCCUCGUCCUUUUCAUCCUCCUGGUGCUGCUGUGGUUCACCAGGUCGCCCGGAUUCAUGACCGGCUGGGCCGACGUCACCUUCAGCCAUGACGGGCAGAGUUACGUCACCGAUGCCACCGUGGUCCUUGUCAUUGUCCUGGCUCUCUUCUGCCUUCCCUCUGAGAUGCCCGGCUGCGGUUUCUGGGGCAGGGCCCAGCACGGAGGGCGCGGAAAGGAGACCCGCACCACCCCAGCCCUCCUGGACUGGCCGACGGUCAACCGGAAAUUGUCGUGGAACAUCGUCCUCCUCUUGGGGUCAGGGUUCGCGUUGGCCAAAGGAAGCCAGGUUUCUGGUCUGUCCGAGUGGCUGGGAAGCAAACUGACCCCCUUGCAGAACAUCCCUCCGGCCGCCACCAGCGUGAUCAUCUGCCUCUUGGUGGCCACCAUCACGGAAUGUGCCAGCAACGUGGCCACCACCACCCUUUUCCUCCCCAUCUUGGCUUCCAUGGCCCAGGCCAUCUGCCUCAACCCGCUGUACGUCAUGCUGCCCUGCACCCUGUCGGCCUCGCUGGCCUUCAUGCUCCCGGUGGCCACCCCUCCCAACUCCAUCGUCUUCUCCUACGGGCACCUCCGCGUGGUGGACAUGGUCAAAGCGGGGUGCGUUCUGAACGUCCUGGGCGUGCUGACCAUCACCCUGGCCAUCAACACCUGGGCCUCCCCCUUGUUCGACCUCCACCACUUCCCCUCCUGGGCCAACAGCACCCGAAGCCAGUGCUGAGAGUGGGAAGGCGGGCCCUCCCGGCGUGGACACCCCUCCAAGGCGGCCCUCGGGGGGCCAUGUUUGGGGCCCCAGGGCAUCUGGGGUUGCCCCUCUGGAGCGGGGCGGCGCCCCCAUUUUCUUGCUGGCCUCCGGAAGCAAGACCAGCGCACAGAUCCUGCCUGCCCCGGCCAGCAACCGCUUGCCGUCCUCGGCCUCCCGCUUGGGUGUGUGGAAGUCAGCAACUCCGCGCGGCUCACCCCCAGCACCCCUCGAGAGCUUCGAGGGCCCCGGUCCCUGGCGUUUCAUGGAAGCCGGGACCCGUGCCGAGCACCGGGCUGGGUCUCUGCCCGAGUCUGUGCGGCCAUUUUCUACACAGACGGCCCGUGGCCUGUUGAGACGGAUCGGCAGGGGCGUGGAAGGCCAGCCCACCAGGGUCCUCCAGUCCGCCUGCCA